UGGUGUUUUAGUCCACACUGCUGCUAUCAGAAGAUAAUCAAUAUGUGGUUUGUGUCAUGUUGUGUAUCGUUAUGUUGAGAGAGAGAUGAACUGAUUUCAUUUUAAUGACUUUUCUUUCUCUUUUUUUUUUAUUUCAUUCAUUGAAAAUAAUCCCAUUAUCUAUUUUUCAGUAUUCGUAAAAUGAUUUUAAAGAGUAUAAUAAUUUUUUUUGUAAAAUAACAAGGCGUAUAUUUUAUAUUUAAACGAAUAAUAAUUGUGAGCGAAAGUUGUUUAUAAAAGGUUCGACUGAAAGAAUUGUGCUAGCUUUGCACGGACGUAAACAAAAAUGGCUGCCAAUGUGUCAUUUCGCUGGUUGGAAAUUUUGGAAAAUGAUUUCGACAAGGCUUUUGUUGAUCUCGACCUGUUGCUAGGGGAAAUAGAUCCCGAGCAAUAUGAACUUACAUGUGAUGGGAGACAGAAAAUGACUGCUUUGAGUGCGGCAUUCGCUCAGCUCUGGCACAAGGCGCAGACUAUCUUUCAGUACAAUGUGAAAUUAGAAAACCAGUUGGAAGAGAUGCGCUCUGAAAUCACCAAAGUCUCUGGUUCCAAGUCCAGUGUAGAGAAGGAGGUGCACAAUUUAUUGUUGCAAUUGCACUCUUCUCAGCUGGAAUUACAAGCAAGCAAAGGUUUCAACGUUGAUUCUGAUGCCAUUAAGAAGAAACUGGAGGACGAGAUGACAAAACGCAGUCAAGAAGUGAUGCAAGUAUCUAGAGUUGAAGCAGAAGUAAAACAGUUGAAAAAGGAGAACCAUGAGUUACGUCAGUAUAUCUUGGCUCUGCAGAGUGAGGUCUAUGGCGCUAGGUUGGCGGCAAAAUAUUUGGAUAAAGAACUCGCUGGAAGAAUUCAACAGAUCCAACUUCUUGGACGGGAUAUGAAAGGCGCAGAACACGAUAAAUUAUGGAACCAAUUAGAGGCUGAGAUUCAUCUGCAUCGACACAAAACUGUCAUACGUGCAUGCAGAGGACGAAACAACAUCAAAAAGAAAUUACCAGUUCCACCAGGCCACGAUUUUCUUUCUCUUAAGAAACGACAUGGCCUAGGUGAUGUUCGCAAAGUUCAUUUGGUGAAAUCAGCCGAUGAAGGUCUUGGUAUGUCUAUAACGGGUGGCAAAGAGCAUGGCGUACCAAUUCUGAUAUCCGAGAUACAUCCUGGGCAACCUGCUGAGCGAUGUGAAGGUUUGUACGUUGGUGACGCCAUCUUGUCUGUAAAUGGAGAUGAUUUAAGAAAUGUGAAGCAUUCCGAUGCCGUUCAGAUUUUGUCUCAACAGGUAAGAACCUUAGAAAUUGUACAAAGUUCU